AUCCCCGACACCGUACUGAAUUGAGUUGCGGGCCAACCUCAGGACUUCGGAAGCAUCUAGUCACGUGUGAUGUGCCGAGCCGAGCCGAGUUCGGUAGCUCCGAAUGCAUUUGAUCGAACACAAGGACACGACACGCGACACGCGCUUCAAACCUCGAAUAGGGCACGUACUCUAUCGUAUCCCAGGGAUUAUGUGGUCCUCAGGGCUGUGUUGGAGAAGUAGGCAUCGGCCUUGCAAAGCUAUUUUCCACCAACGACACUCCACACGUGAGCUUUUUGUUACGAGACGUUAUUCAUCCUCGUCGAUCGAUGAAGUCACAGACGACGACAGGAGACGAAUAUACAUCCAUGGAUCCGGCAAUAAAGGCUGUUUCAUGGCAUUCUGUUUAGCCACCAAACCAAAUCCUCCGCCUAUCACUUUACUUGUCGCAAACCGUGAACGAAUAAAGGCUUUCGAGGAAGAGGGCAAAAAGAUUCGCAUUUACACGGACGGAAAAUGGUUCGAGUCUGGCGGGGUAGAUAUUGAGUUAUUAGAGAUGAGACACGGCCGAGCCAUCACGGAGAUGUCUUCUGGUCCAGCCUCCUUUGACUCAAUAUCCUCUCAACUGCGAGUUACAGUCACGCCAGAAGGAAGAGAAGUCAGCGCAAAGGAGGCAUUUGGCGGGGAAUGCCCACCAAAGCCCAAAGCCAGCCAACGACCCAUUUUCAAUUUGAUCACCACCAUAAGAUCACCACAAGCUGCACGCUCAAUGGUCGAGGUCCAGCACAGGUUAGGGCCAGACUCUACGGUCAUUGCAAUGCAAGACGGACUUGGAGUGCUCGAAGAAGUAUUUGGAACUUGCUUCCCGGACCCUCGCACACGACCAGACUUUCGCUUGGCGUUCAUAAGUCAUGAUGCAAGAUACCAAGGGAAAGGACUUCGUAUCGUUUGGUCCGGCAUAGGUGUCUGCGUCAUCGGGCCUCUGGCUGACGGCUCAGUUUCAAAAGUUAAAGGAGACCGGUGGCGGAGAACGCAGCACAGCCAGUAUCUACUUGAUGAGGUUUCAUCUUCUCCGAUUCUAGAUUGCAGAGAAGUCGAUCAAAGAUCCUCUAUCGUAAUGCGCUACAGGAAGCUUAUCAUAGAUGCAGUGAUUGGACCUUUAGCGACCGCUUACAGCUGCGAAAACAAAGACCUACUCUCAAAGCCCGGAGCUCCUGAGAUUUUGGAAGAUCUUGUCACUGAAGCUUGGGCGGUCAUGAGGCACGAUGUUGCCGGAACGUAUCUUCAAGGAGUCCAUAAUUAG